AUGGCUGACUGGCGUUGCUCCGCGCACCUCCCCGCGCUCAAGCCGCUCCUCCAAUCACAGCUCUUAGAGGCCAUCACCGCCGCCCUCGCGCGCAAGCCCUCCGCGCGGAUCGGAACCAGCGUGGGCGGCACAUUCGGCUCGCUGACGGGCGCAGGCAGAGGCGGGAGCGGAUCCGGGGGCUCGCUGACCCUCGGCGGAAGAGCCAUCCUGAGCUGCCUGGCGUGCGGCGCGCUGACAGGCGCAGCGGAGCGGGGAGCAGCGCCAGGCCUGGCCCCUGGCGCUGGGGGCGGCGGGGGAGGAGCUUCUCGGGCGGCAGGGGCUGUUUCGGGCGGCGUGGGGGGCGGCAGCGGGCGGCGCAGCAGCGGCGCGGCAGCAAUCAAUGUCGACGGGAGGAGGAGCGCUGGCGAGGAGAGAAGCGCUGGCGAGGAGAGGAGCGCUGGCGAGGAGAGGAGCGUUGGCGAGGAGAGGAGCGUUGGCGAGGAGAGGAGGGCUGGCAAGGAGAGGAGCGCUGGCGAGGAGAGGAGCGCUGGCGAGGAGAGGAGCGUUGGCGAGGAGAGGAGCGCUGGCGAGGAGAGGAGCGCUGGCGAGGAGAGGAGCGUUGGCGAGGAGAGGAGCGUUGACGAGGAGAGGAGCGCUGACGAGGACAGGAGCGCUGGCGAGGACAGGAGCGCUGCCGAGGAGAGGAGCGUUGGCGAGAAGAGGAGCGCUGGCGAGGAGAGGAGCGCUGGCGAGGAGAGGAGCGUUGGCGAGGAGAGGAGCGCUGGCGAGGAGAGGAGCGCUGGCGAGGAGAGGAGCGCUGGCGAGGAGAGGAGCGUUGGCGAGGAGAGGAGCGUUGGCGAGGAGAGGAGCGCUGGCGAGGAGAGGUGCGUUGGCGAGGAGAGGAGCGUUGGCGAGGAGAGGAGCGUUGGCGAGGAGAGGAGCGUUGACGAGGAGAGGAGCGUUGGCGAGGACAGGAGCGCUGGCGAGGACAGGAGCGCUGGCGAGGACAGGAGCGCUGGCGUGGACAGGAGCGCUGGCGAGGAGAGGAGCGCUGGCGAGGAGAGGAGCUUUGGCGAGGAGAGGAGCGUUGGCGAGGAGAGGAGCGUUGGCGAGGAGAGGAGCGUUGGCGAGGAGAGGAGCGUUGGUGAGGAGAGGAGCGCUGGCGAGGAGAGGAGCGCUGGCGAGGAGAGGAGCGUUGGCGCGGAGAGGAGCGCAGGCAAGGAGAGGAGUGCUGGCGAAGAGAGGAGCGUUGGCGAGGAGAGGAGCGCUGGCGAGGAGAGGAGCCCUGGCGAGGAGAGGAGCCCUGGCGAGGAGAGGAGCGCUGGCGAGGAGAGGAGCGCUGGCGAGGAGAGGAGCGCUGGCGAGGAGAGGAGCGCUGGCGAGGAGAGGAGCGUUUGCGAGGAGAGGAGCGUUGGCGAGGAGAGGAGCGCUGGCGAGGAGAGGAGCGUUGGCGAGGAGAGGAGCGCUGGCGAGGAGAGGAGCGCUGGCGAGGAGAGGAGCUUUGGCGAGGAGAGGAGCGCUGGCGAGGAGAGGAGGGCUGGCGAGGAGAGGAGCGCUGGCGAGGAGAGGAGCGUUGGCGAGGAGAGGAGCGCUGGCGAGGAGAGGAGCGUUGGCGAGGAUGAGCAUUGGCAUGGGAAGGGGUGUUGGGUGGGGAGUGUGUACGUAAGGAGUCCCGGUUUAUGCGACUGGGAAAUGCACCUGAUUGCAUCAGUGCCAAAGCAGAGGACCGCACCACAGCGCCAGGAUCACCAACGCAGGGGCAUCCGCACCUGCCUCCUCCCUCUCAUUAAAAAGGGAACCAAGCUGUUCAAACUCCUUUCUCCGCCGUCCCCCUCUGCUCCCCCUCCCCCCGCGUGUGCUUCCCCCUCCUCUGGCCGAGGGGAGAAGCUGCUGCUGGGGGGAGCGGACCUGUGCGCCCUGAUGCGCGCGGAUGGGGGGAAGAGUGGCUUGGCUGGCGGUGGGGGAAAGGGAGCUGCGGAUGAGAGCAAGGGGGAGCGCAGAGGAGCGGUGGGGGGUUCAGAAGCAACCGUUGAGAAGGGGGGAAAGAGCGGAGAUGCGUCGGAAAUAGGGGGACAUGGGGGGGAGCAGAAGAAGGGACGUGGGGGCAGUGGGGACCAAAAGGGGCAUGAAGCGACCAGGAGGCGCAAGGGAGAGGAGGAGGAGGGCGAGGAUGUGGAGGAGAGAGACGGGGGACUGAAAGGAAGGGAAGGAGUGAAGAAAGGGAGGGAGCAGGCGAAGCCGACAGUCAAGGGAAGUGAAGGCGGGGAUGAGAAGGGGAGUGGUGGUGGUGGGGUUGGGGAAAAGAGAAAAGGGGUGAAGGGGAAGGAAGGGGGCCGUGAGAAGGAGAAGCAAGGCGGGCAGGUGAACAAGGAGAUGAUGAUUCGAGCAGCCAUCAGCAUGAUGCAAGCCAAGAAGUUCCAGGAAGCGAUCAACCUCUUCAACCAGGUGGAAGCGGAGGGCGGGGAGCUGUCGGACCAGCUGUUCAUCGGCAGGGGCCUCUGCCACCUGAUGCUCAAGCGGAUGGAUGAGGCGGAAGACGACUUCACAGAGGGCAUUCAGCGCUUCCCCAGGAGUGCGGAGCUGUACAGGCGGAGGGCCAUGCUGCAUAUUGAGAGGAACGAGCGCGAGAUGGCCGUGGAGGAUCUGAGUCGGUCGCUGGAGAUCGAACCCGACAACCAGGACGCGCUGCAACACCGCGUCCUGGUCUGCAAUAACCUGCAUUGUCCUGCCUCCCUCCUCCCCUCCCUCCCUCCCUCCCUCCUCCCCUCCCUCCCUCCCUCCCUCCUCCCCUCCCUCCCUCCCUCCCUCCUCCCCUCCCUCCCUCCCUCCCUCCUCCCCUCCCUCCCUCCCUCCCUCCUCCCCUCCCUCCCUCCCUCCCUCCUCCCCUCCCUCCCUCCCUCCUCCCCUCCCUCCCUCCCUCCUCCCCUCCCUCCCUCCCUCCUCCCCUCCCUCCCUCCCUCCUCCCCUCCCUCCCUCCCUCCUCCCCUCCCUCCCUCCCUCCCUCCCUCCUCCCCUCCCUCCCUCCCUCCUCCCCUCUCUCCCUCCCUCCUCCCCUCCCUCCCUCCCUCCCUCCUCCCCUCCCUCCCUCCCUCCCCCCCUCCCUCCGUCGCACAGGGCAUAGCCCUGGCGGGGGCAGGGCAGUGGCGCAACGCGAGCGCCGUGUUUGCGGAGGCAGUGAAACGCCACCCGAUGUCGGCGCACCUGUGGACGGAGAAGGGCCGCGUGCACAAGGAGCUGGGGGAGGUGGAUUUGGCGCUUGCUGCCCUUCACAAGGCUCUGGCGCUGGAAGACACGCUGGAGGCGUACAUCCGCCUCACAUCCCUCAUGCAGCUGGUGGGCCGCCACAGGGAGGUGAUAACCACAGCGAGGAGGGGUUUGAAGCUGAAUCCCAACGACAUCGAGCUCAACUACCUGGAAGCUUCCGCGCACCAUGCGCUGGUCUCUGCUCGCAAGCCCUCUUCCUGUGCUAGGCUAGCCAUUCACUCAUUCACUCCACCAUUCCUCCACCCUCCACCCCCCUUCCUCUGCCCCCUGUCUAUCCAUCCGCAGCUGCAUCACUCACUCACUCACUCAGCCCUCCACCCCCCUUCUCUAAUCCCCAUCCGCCUGCAGCUGCAUCAGUAUACGUACAUCCUCGCCCUCUGUCCCUCCCUGGUGCUGCAUCAGUACACGCACAUCCUCGGCCUCUCGCCCACAGACAGCAACACCGGCACUCUUCAGGGCAUGGCGUUUUACCAGAGGGAGAUAGCAGCGUACACGGUAUCCAAGCUGGACCUUCCAUUUGCACAGUUCCGCCUGGACUACGAGCUCAACAAUGAACUCAAGGAAGCAUGGGUGCGCAAGCAGUCGCCCCUCUCCAUCCUCCCCGCCUACCGCCCCCUCCCCAUCCGCCUGGUUCGCAACCCCCCUCGCAUCCGCUUCUCCCCCCAAGUGCGCGCUCUCAUUGCCAAGGCGGACGAAAUCGGGCGGCGCACGCAGUACUUUGUGGACGGCUUCAUGCCGCACAAAAGACAACACCGCAUGGCGGGGCUUGCCGCCCUGGAUCUGAUGCAGAGGGUGAAUGCCACGUGGCAGCAUAUGAUUGAGGAACAGAAGCCAAGAGAUGGGGAUGGGGAGCAGGAGGGUGAGAGGCUAAGGGAAAGCGAGGGUGACGACAGGGAUAGCAGGAACAACAGGAAUAUCAAUGGUGAAAGUGAUGGUGAUGGUGAUAGUAGUGAGGGGAGCAGUAGCGGAAGGAGCACCAAGGACAGAAGAGCAAGUGGGGGAGGGGCACAGAGAGGGUCCCGACGGAAAACACCCCGAGUGUCCCUCCAAUCCUCCGCAGCAGGGAAGAGAUCCAAGGGUCGAGAUAAGCCCGCCGGCUCAUCUGGCCGAUCCAACGGUGCACAGCUGAUCUCCGGGUGGAGAGACAUGUUCGACGGAAUCAUACGGUGGAGGCAGCACGCCGAACCCUGCGAUACAAUCACAUGGAUCGACCAGCUCAAAAACGAGUACCCCAAGGGCUUCGGUACAAUCACAGCCAUGCGGGUCGGGCAGAUGCACAACCUGAAGUACUACCCGUUUCAGGACUGGGCGUUUGAAGUCAUGAGAUCCGUUCUGCUGGAGACUGAAAUGGCUUCGAAUGCAACCAACUGGCCUCUGCCGGUGCCGCGGCGGGUGCACGGGAAGGCGAUCGAGGCGGCGGGGGAUUUCGGGGAUUUACACCGCGUGGUGGGGGAGAACUUCUAUGUUACCACACAGUGUUACAGCGAGGCGUUUCCCGGGCGAGUGAUGAACGGCACCCAGCUGACUCUCGUGGAGGCAUCAGGCUCAUACGACUUCACCAUUCGUACAGCCGUGACACCCGAGCGCAGCGCAGAGUUCUUUCAGGAGCUGCAGAGGACAUGGGAGGAGCUCAGUGAGGCCGCCACAGACACACACACACAGACCACCGACGUGCUCCUGUACCGGCGGCGAGUGAGGGAGGGCGUGCUGCGGAUGGGAUACUACUGGUAUCAGUUCAUGCCGCUCACCCGCGGGUCGGCGAUGGUCGGCAUUAUUUCUAUUCUCGGCCUCUCCCUGGCCGCUGACAUGGAGACGCUUUCGCUCAUCCCCAAGGAUGUCCAGGUGGACUGGGAGGCGAUCCUAAAUCCGCGUUUUAAGCAGUUCAACGACUCAGUAUCGCCCUGGUUUUACAGCAAGGUUGCCCCCGCGCCCUGGCACUUGCCACGUGUCAGCGAGGCAUUGCCCACCACACGCCACGUCAUCGCUGCACUCAGCUAUGACCUGGAAUCUGACGGGGCCGGGUUGGAGAGUGAGGGAAGCGGAGAAGAGGAGAAGAGAGGGAGAGGAGUUAAGGGGGAAGGAGGGGAGGUGGAGGGAGAUGGAGGGGAGGUGGGGCAGGGUCAAGUGAAGAAGCCACUGCACGUGGUGCUCGUGUGCCCUCAGAUCCCUGGCAACACCGGGUCCAUUGCACGCACGUGUGCUGCCACGGCCGUUCCCCUGCACCUGGUCAAG